CACACCUCUGCGGAAAUGAGGUGACAACACUCAAAGAUAUAAAGCGAUCUGCAGAGGUGUUCACAAGAUCAGAGACACCUCUGCGGAAUCUUAAAACCCCCAAAAAAAACUAUCUUUUAGUGCUGCCACAUCAUUUCCGCGGAGGUGUGUUAAGUUCCUCAGAGACAUUAAGCGAUCCGCAGAGCCCCCUCUGCAGAUCUGGUGGUCAUUUUACAAAACUCGAAAUUUUAUGGCUAAAUACUUAAAAGACAAAAUUGCAAAAAUGGUCCCUGUGGUAUGCAAAAUUUUGGGGUUUUAGUCCAAACCAUGAGUUUUUUGGAUCCAUGGUCCUUUUGGAGUGGUUUCUAUGUGGUUUUGGUCCCUGGACUUAACUCCCGUUAAGUUGGAUCUGUUAAGCCCCCUUACGUGCCUCACACGUGAGGGUAAUUUCGUCAUUUCAUAUGUUAGGGACCAUUUUUGCAUGAACGUUUUUUGGAUUAAUUCCUUUUUCCCCUCAUUUACUUUCCCCAACACUCGUCAACUCCCCAACUCCCUCAUUCUUGCUUCUGCUCCAUUGAACCUGCAAAAAACCCUCGUUGCUUAUCCAAACAAGAUAAUCGACACUACACAUACAAGGGCAUACGUUUAAUACGAAAUGGUGUUCGUAAUGUGGCAUAUCAGACCAAAACACGAAGUUGUUGAUGUAUCAACUGUAUAUGCUGGUGCACCCACAUGGUUUAGUAUUAAGCUUCAUCACGGUGGGAAAUUUACUAAGUUACCUGAUAUAAAGUACAUUGGAGGUUACCCAGACCCACGGAAUCCUGAAUUCGCUGAUGAAUCCCCAGUUAUAUACUACCAUUUUAGGAUACCCAAUGAAAAUGAUGAUCAAGGGGCUGAAGUUGAGGGUCAAGUUCAUGCAGAUUCUCCAAUGAAAAAUGUGAACCAUGGUAAUGGUGAGCCUAUUGGUGAGUUCAUGUCUCUGAUUCUUUUUGGGAGUAAGAAUGAUAGUUUCUCACCAGAGUAUAGAAGGGGUAGGGUUGGGAGUUCCAAUAUAGGUGAAAGUUCUUGUAGCAAGAGGCUUAAUUUAGAUUAUAUUGAUGAGGGUGUUCACAUUUCAAAGGAAAAGAAUGAUGAUCAGGAUGGUUCAACUGAUGUUCAGGAGGCAGCAACUUGUGUUCAUAUUGAUGAGAUGGAUGGUGUUAGGGAGGCUGCAACUGUUGUUCAAGAGGCAUCAACUGUUGAUGAAGGAUGCUACAACACCCCCCUGUUAAUAAUGCUGAUGAACAAUUGA